GGGGAGGUUGGAGCUGAAGACUUGAUGCAGAGAGAGGCUGAAUUGUUACAUUGUGAAGCUGAAAGGGACAGAAACAUGACACAACGACUGCAUCUGGCGCAGAUUUAACCAUAUAACCAGGCUCUGACCAUCACAUUCACGGCUCUGCACACUGGCAAAAGCAUCUUUCUAACCCUAGUUACGUAAGGAAGAGCCGCGAAGCUGCUGUCCACGUGGACUGGUGCUGAAAUCUCUCGUCCGGUUGCCAGGCACGGCCAUUCCAAACCAAGAGACAUGGCAACAAAUGGAACUAAAGUGGCUGAUGGACAAAUUUCCACAGAGGUCAGCGAGGCCCCCAUUACUAAUGACAAGCCAAAAACCUUGGUGGUGAAGGUUCAGAAGAAGAAAACAGAAGAUGUGGAAAGAGAUACCUGGAAAGGGAGGUUUGACUUCCUUAUGUCCUGUGUUGGUUACGCCAUUGGUUUGGGAAAUGUGUGGAGAUUCCCCUAUCUCUGCGGCAAGAAUGGAGGAGGGGCUUUUCUCAUUCCGUAUUUCCUAACACUCAUUUUCGCCGGAGUUCCUCUGUUUCUGCUGGAGUGUUCUCUGGGACAAUACACUUCCAUUGGAGGCCUUGGAGUAUGGAAACUUGCUCCCAUGUUUAAAGGUGUUGGACUCGCCGCUGCCGUCCUUUCCUUUUGGCUAAAUAUCUACUACAUUGUCAUCAUCGCCUGGGCUAUUUAUUACCUCUUCAAUUCCUUCACCACCACCCUCCCUUGGAAACACUGUGACAACUAUUGGAAUACUGACCGCUGCUUCUCAAACUACAGUCUCCCCAACACAGCCAACAUGACCAGCGCCGUUGUGGAAUUUUGGGAGCGCAAUAUGCACCAAAUGACUGAUGGACUGGAAAAACCAGGGCAAAUCCGAUGGCCGUUGGCGAUCACACUGGCCAUUGCGUGGGUUUUGGUUUAUUUCUGCAUCUGGAAAGGAGUCGGCUGGACUGGAAAGGUGGUCUACUUCUCAGCGACAUAUCCCUACAUCAUGCUGGUCAUCUUGUUCUUCAGAGGAGUGACCUUGCCGGGAGCCUUGGAUGGCAUUUUGUUUUAUAUAACUCCUAAAUUCAGCAAGCUCUCGGAUUCAGAGGUCUGGCUGGAUGCAGCCACUCAGAUCUUCUUCUCUUACGGUUUGGGACUUGGCUCCUUAAUUGCUCUGGGAAGCUACAAUCGAUUCCACAACAAUAUAUACAGGGAUUCCAUUAUUGUCUGCUGCAUCAACUCGUGCACAAGCAUGUUCGCUGGUUUCGUAAUCUUCUCCAUUGUUGGCUUCAUGGCCCAUGUCACCAAGAGACCAAUAGAACAAGUCGCUGCCUCAGGUCCUGGGUUGGCAUUUUUGGCUUAUCCUGAAGCAGUGACGCAACUGCCCAUAUCUCCGUUGUGGGCUGUGCUUUUCUUUUCUAUGUUGUUGAUGCUUGGGAUUGACAGCCAGUUUUGUACAGUUGAAGGAUUUAUUACAGCUCUCGUGGAUGAAUUCCCAAAGUUGUUGCGCACAAGAAGAGAAAUUUUCAUUGCAGUGGUUUGCGUGGUUUCCUACUUAGUGGGACUGUCCAACAUAACCCAGGGUGGAAUUUAUGUAUUCAAAUUGUUUGACUACUACUCGGCCAGUGGAAUGAGUCUCUUGUUUCUGGUCUUCUUUGAGUGCAUCUCCAUUUCCUGGUGUUACGGUGUUAACAGAUUUUACGAUAAUAUUGAGGAAAUGGUCGGCUACAGGCCUUGCAUCUGGUGGAAACUCUGUUGGACAUUUUUCACCCCCAUCAUCGUGGCAGGCGUCUUCCUUUUCAGUGCCAUUCAGAUGACUCCUCUGACCAUGGGCAGCUACGUUUUCCCAUCUUGGGGGCAAGGAGUCGGCUGGUUCAUGGCUUUGUCGUCCAUGGUGUUAAUUCCAGGUUACAUGAUUUAUAUGUUUCUGUCUCUUAAAGGCUCAUUAAAACAGCGCCUACAAGUCAUGAUACAACCCACUGAGGAAGUUGUCCGCUCUGAAAAUGGGCCAGAACAACUGUCCCAGAGCAAUUCCGCAAACAAGGAAGCUUACAUAUAAAAAAUGUUCCGAGUUGUGUUCCAGUGAUGCAGUGACGAAGAUUUUCCGAAAUCAAAAUGGUUGAUAGGACCACCCAUUUACAUCUGGAAUAAAGAAUUUACCUACCUCCAGUGGAAAAAAGGGGACCAUCCAACAGAGAGCACAAAGAAAACUAAAAAAAAAAAUCUUGGGUUAUUUUCUCAAUAUUUCCGUGGGGUCACCAUGGCAAAAUGGUAUCUGCAGGCGGUUUAGACUGUUAACGUUUUUAAUCUUUUCUGCGAGAGUGACAUUUGUAAACUGUAGACGUUUUUAAACCUAUACUUGGCAUGAAGAUGUGAGGUUCUCAUUUGUAUCCACGUAAAAAAAACUGCUCCCCAACACAUCAUAAGUAGAAUCUUGUUUUUAGUCAAUAUUUGUACGCGUGAUAUAAAAAAUAUAUAUAUAUAUAUAUACUAAAAAAAAGACUGAGGUUAGCUGUGAAGAUAUUAUAGCAAAAAUACAUAGUAUCUCAUAUAUCUACCAAAAGCACAUUUUAUGAAGAUUUUUUCUUUUUCAGUUUUUUUUUCUUGAAAUAUAUAAAGUUUGUUAUGAGCUGCGGAAGCACAAAUAGUCGAUAAUAACAGGAAAAUAUUACAAGGAUGGGCAGUAAAUCUGAUAAAAGCUUAGAGAAUCAUUUACUUAUUACAGAUAAUACGCAAAAUAUCACCACAGUUGAUGCAAUUAAGAAAGCACAUUCCUUUUUUAUUAUUAUUAUAAUUAUUUAUAAA